AUGGCGGAUCCUAAGUUAGUAUGGAACCCGGACAACGUUCGCGACGUUGCCGAAUCUGUCGGCAUCUCACAAUUGGGCGAAGAGGCAGUAAGGGCAUUGUCGCAAGAAGUUGAAUACCGAGUUGGCCAGGUCAUUGUCGAAGCAAUGCGAUUUAUGCAUCAAGGAAAAAGAACAGUGUUGGGCACACAGGAUAUUUCACAAGCGCUCAAAGUAUUGGACGUUGAGCCACUUUAUGGUUACGAAUCCACAAGACCAUUGAGAUUUGGAGAGGCAAGCUUAGGUCCUGGCCAACCGCUCUUUUAUAUUGAGGAUGAGGAAGUAGAUUUCGAGAAACUGAUUAAUGCGCCUUUACCAAAGGUUCCCAGAGAUAUGUCAUUUACUGCACAUUGGCUUGCGGUUGAAGGUGUUCAACCAUCAAUUCCACAAAAUCCAACAACAGCAGAAGCUCGUGCAAAUGACCUCGUGCCUAAAGGUCCUGGUGCGAACCUCAAUCUUGGAGCACUGGCUGGCAACGAUAAUGUUUCGGUCAAACCUUUAGUCAAACAUAUUGUGUCGAAAGAAUUGAUACUUUUCUUCGACAAGAUACGCGAAGCUAUUCUUGAUGAUGAUGACGAUCCAGAAGUCGUAACCUUGCGAGAAUCCGCGUUGGAAAGUGUGAAAUCAGAUCCGGGUCUUCAACAACUGGUUCCAUAUUUUGUUCAUUUCAUUGCUGAGAAGGUCACUCAUUCUCUGAGCAAUCUCUUCGUAUUACAAACAAUGUUGAAACUGGCCCAUGCCCUUAUAUCAAACACAACCCUAUUUGUCAAUCCUUACAUAUCAAGUCUUUGCCCACCUAUUCUUACAUGUCUCGUCGGUCGUAAACUUGGCAACGGGACUCCAGAAGAGUUGAAAGAAAAAUACCAAUUGCGAGACACGGCCGCAUCCCUCAUUGGGAUCAUCUCAAAAAAUUACACGGAAUCAAACGCACAGCUUAGAGCAAGGUUGGCAAGAUCGUGUCUAAAAUUCUUCCUGGAUCCAACACGCUCUCCAGGAGAAUAUUAUGGAGCUAUCAGUGGGCUUCUAGCUAUUGGUGGCCCCGAUGGUGUCAGAGCUCUUAUUCUACCAAACUUGGGUGCAUUCGAUUAUGUGCUGAACAAGUUGAGAACUGACAGGACUGGUGAUGAUAAGGAGAUACAGAUGUUAGUCGCGGUAAUCAUGAAGGCGGUGAUGAGCCUCUCUGAAAAAACUGAAACACUUACGAAUGGUACAAACAAUACAAAUGGCAAUGGGAUAAAUGGGAUGAUGGAUUUAGAUGACGACGAAGGAAAACAGCUUGAAGAGUUUCUAGGACCUACUAUUGGGAAAAGGGUACGGAAUGCAGGGGAUCAUAAAUUGAACAAGACAAUUUUGGAAGCGAGAGAGAAGAAUUAA